CCAAGAAACCAGUACCAGUCUACCAGCCAGUUGUCAAACAACGCAACGCCACAUGAACUCCUGUUGAAUGCACUCAACAGACAGUCAUUUCUAGACUGUAGUGAUUUGUGCACCGGAGUUUGAGUGGGUUGAUGUGUGCGGCAGGCUAGUGUCAUUGGUAUUUGUUGUAGUAGUUGGUACAGUUGUAAUAACAGUGUUGUACAAAUUCGCACUGCAGUUUUGCCACUUCAAAAUAACGGUCUCUACUGUCAGGUGUCAGUCUCAGUGUGAAUUCAAUGUGUCAACGCUAAGUUGUUCUUUUGUGAUUGUGCAAAGUGAUACUUAUUUUUCAAACAUGGAAGUUGCUGAUAGUAUGAUAAAAGACAAUGAAAUACCUAUAGUCGAUUUAACACACAUGGGUAGUGUGAUGAGUCCAGUGAAGCCGUGGGUGAAGAAGGCAGCAAAGCAAUUGGAGAAAGCAUUAUCUCACAGAGGUCUGGCACUCAUCGUCAACCAUGGAAUUUCUGAACAAAAGUUGCAGGCCGUCUAUAGGGCAAUGAAGAAGUUCUGUGAACUCUCUGAAGUCACCAAAUCAAAAUAUGAAAUAAAGCCCAACGCUGAAAAUCAUGGAUAUGUUUCACCCGGAAUUGAAAAGUUCGCGAGAGACAAGUCAGAAGAAAUAAGACAUGCAUUCAAUAUUCUAUCAUUCGACAAGAAGAUACCAGAUGAAGAGGUGCCUGGAUUCAGAGACUCGCUGUCUUACGUUGCUGAAGAAAUGAAACGCGUUGCUUACAUUGUUUUACAAAUCAUGGCUGUUGGCCUUGACCUGGACCCGAAUGUUUUCCUGAACAAGCACCAGAACAUGUUGAAAGAGGGGAACGUGACAACACUGAGGGUGCUGCAUUACCCACCAAUGGGCGACAGGCUGAUUCCGGGUCAGAUGCGGUGUGGUGAGCACACUGACUACGGCUCGUUCACAUUGCUCGCACAAGAUUCCGAGGGUGGACUCGAGGUAUCUGUAAAUGGAAAAUGGAAACGAGUUGGACACCUUCCAGGAGCCAUGUUGAUCAAUAUUGGGGACCUCAUGGAUAAAUGGACGUCAGGAAAAUUCCCUGCUGUGAGGCACAGAGUAGUGGUACCAGAGCAGAAGACAAUCAGGUACAGAGGCCGGAAUAGCAUAGCGUUCUUUGUGCACCCGGAGAACGACACGGUGAUUGACCCGGCCGAGACCGUUCCCGCUCCGCUUCUACCGUCCGAGGCUGACGUUCCACCCAAACGCGAGCUCACGCUCAUCACAGCCUACCAGCACUUCCAGGAGAGACUAAGAGAAUCGUACGGCUGAUCUUUUAACAAAAUGAGAAUAUUCAGGCUACUACGCACCCUGAGAAAGCGCUUCUACAGCCAGCGAGCGGUGCCAGCGAGUGCACCUUCCUGACAAAACAUGAUUCCCACCAGACCUGGCCACGAUUCGAGCUGCUCACAUCUAGACACCAUAGACGAGCGAGAAGUGCUGCUUCUAACAAGCUAGAGCCAUCCACUCUACACUGCACUGAAUCUCAUUCCAGUUUGGAUCAGUUGUGCUGGAUCAAAUUUAGCAAAUCCAUUCGCUAAGAAUCUUAUUUUUCUUAAUUCAGAAUGGAUCUCAAGGGGUCUGUUAGGAUCAAUUGGGCUGAAUCAAAUCCAUUCGCAAAAAAUCAUAUUUGUCUUAUUACAACUUCAUAAGGAGGUUGUAUAUCAUCUCAAUCCAAGGGGUCUGUUACAUGAUCUUUCAACUCAUUCCAAUCUAGUGACAUUCAGGUAGGUUUUUAGCUACAGUCACUAUAUAUACUUUGAUAUAGUAACUGUAGUUUUUACUAACUAUGGAGAGGUAUAUACACAAUAUAAUAUGUGUGAGUUGUUUUAUUGGAAAUUUUCUGUAUCAUAAUACUCAUUGACCGAACGCAGUGAGGUCUAUGUUUUAAAUCGGAUUUUCUGUUGUCUGUAUGUAUGUAACGCAUUUACGGCCAAACGCGUUGAUAGAAUUUGAUGAGAUUUGGCAGGAAUAUUCAUUUUUCAACUGCGCGUCGAUGCUUACACAAGGUAUUUGGAAUUUUGCAUUUUAAGGAUAAUAUGAAAAGAAAAGGAAUUCCUCUAUACUCCGAUAUCACCCAUAUUAUAUCAUCUACUUUAAAGAUAGGAUUAAUCAGACUAUAGAAUUAUUCAUAAUCAAUCAGCUGACAAGUGGAUUAUUCACUAGGUCUAGGUCUAGUGGAUAGCGGUAGGUCUACUGUUCACAGAACUACUUGUAAUUUCUCUGUGGCUUCUUUGAGAUAAGGUUCUUUGUUAUAAGUAUUAUGAAACAAGAAACAAGCCCCUGCUGGUUAACAAGAUGAUGAUAAAGCAAGAUGUUAGCUAUCAUUCAAAAUUGAAACGAUGCUGUUUAAAUUUAUGAUGAUACAUUAUUAUCACCAAUUCAUCAGGUGUAUUAUUUGACACUGGAUGAUCUCAAUACCAUUACGAGAAAUGUUAGUUCAAAACACAACUCCUAAGAGUAGGUUGUUUUUGAUGUUUGCUUUUAAUUAUUGAUGUAUGUUUUUUCACCAACAAAAAGCCAUUCAAAUCAGUUUUCCCAAUUUUUUCUAAUAAUAUUUUUUUAAUACUGAGGGUGAUGCCCACAUAAGCUCUUUGGCUUAUCCCAAUAUUAUCCAUGGUAGGUACUUAAUGUGGAAAUUUAGGUUAUUAUUGAUUCAUUGCUUUAACAGGCAGUAGAAAUGGUAACUGAGAAGUGCAAAAUAAUGAUGAUUACCUAAAAUUUGUCGAGUCAAGGGAAAUAAAGAAAUACUUUAUACAAAUUCAGACUCCAAAGGAAUUGUAAAGAAAAACUUGUUCUAUGUUUUAUUACAGCAGAUUUUGGAAAAAGAGGGGAUGAAAAAGGGAGUUUUUCUUAAUUUAUGUUUUGAAGAGUGAAGAUGAAUUUUAAGCAAAAUGAAUGAAGUAUGCUCUUAAUUCAACAAGACUAUUUAUUUACUUGCUCAUUAGUCAGUCGAAAUUUAAAUUUGGAUUGUGUUCAUCCCGAAAAAAAUCGAAAGGUCUUUGGUAUUUCAGUUUAUUCUUCCCAUUUUCUUAUGCACUUUUAUCAGCAUAAAAACAAGUUACAUAUCUGGAAAAAGAAUUUACAAGAUUACAAGUAAAAAUUAUUGUGUAAUGCUACAAGGAAUUAUCAUAGUUAACUUACUGUAAUAUUAUAAAAAAAUAUGAGUCGAAAAUGUCUGAAACAAAUGUAUUGAAAUUAUAAUUAAUAAAAUAUGUACUUAUUGUGAAAAUCGAACAUCGCUAAAAAAUAUAUUGUGUUUCAUGGAGAAUAUUGCUCCACUUUCACUACAAUUGAUUUUGUAACAUUAUCGUUUAUUUUUUUUUACCACAGACCUUAAAAGAAUAAUUUAAUGAUAUAAUAUUUGAAAUACCAGAACUGUUGUGGCUAUGAUAACUUUUCUUAAAUGGAUGCCAAAUUUCCUUUAUCUUCAUCAUGAGAGUGGGGUGAAGCAGCAUCAAUGGAAUCAAUGAAAAAUAAAUGUUUGUUGUAAGUCUACUGUAUUUUUUGUACAAUAAUUAGAAAAUAUUUUGCAAAGGAAUGUAUUUUCAAAUAAUGUUGUUCAACUCAUCGAGCUUAUAUGAUUCAGUUGGAAAGGAAUGAGACAUUGCAUUUGUUUAAAUUGUAAUAAAAAAUAUAUAAUAAUAGAAAUUUUAUUUUAUACAAGAAUUAUUAUAUAUUUAUCUAAUGAUUACUCAGAUAUAAGUUGAUUUUUUUUUAAAACAUAACUAUAACAAUUUCUAUAUUGUGAUAAUAGCCUUCAUUGUAAAUAGGAUAAAUUAUGUUGAUACUGUACAACUUUUGUUAAUACUGUACACAUUCAACUGUUUAAUGCUAUGAUUAGGCUAGACUGAAAUUGUACGUUUUAUGUACUGAUCAUUAUCCGAGAAAUAGAAUGUAUAUAAUAUAAAUAUAUAUCUUCAUAUCAUGAUUUGAGAUUUGAGUGAAAUAUUUUUGUUUUUGAAUAUCAAAAUUUUAAAUUUUUAGUUUAGUCAUUAGUUUUGAAGUGGAAAUUGGACUUUUUUGAGUGAAAAGUGAAAUUUCAACCUCAUUAUUUUUUGAAACUUUUAUUUGUAAAAGUUUGCGAGAAGACAGUUUAGGGCUAUGCCUGUUGUCUUCUUCCAAUCAUAUUAUAUAUUAUAAUUAUGAUUUGUGAUUGUCAAUGAAAUAAUAAAAAAAAAUGAUAAAACUAUUCCGAAAAGUAAAAUGAAAAUAAGAUUUUCAAUUUCAACGUUGGUAAAAAUGACAAAUUUGUUAGGUACCGUACUUUUCAAACAAUCAAAAAUUAAACGUCAAAACUCUCUGGCUAAAAUUGAAUGAAUCGUCUUGAGUAGUAAUCGAUAUUAAUAUUAAGAGAAAACGGAGAAUUACUCAUUUUCUCAUUUAAAUCCAAGAAUUUUGUACCUAAGCUAUUGUAAAUAACCUGCCUUGAAAAUUCUUGGUAAAUUGCAACAGUGCAAAGAUACUGAGUUUAUUGUUGAAGUUAUUCAGGAUGCCAGAUAGGAAUGGAUUAUUUCAUUUUAUAUUUAAAUAUACAGUUAUAACCAAGGUUAUCAAUGAAUUAUAUCUUUCUUACCUUGGCUUCAUUACUGACUGACAUCUGAGUUACUUAGUCUGCUACUGUACUGUUCUAUUUGCUUAGAGAUAAUUUUCAAGUUUUUCUUUGAAGAAGGCAUAUUACUUAAAUCUUGAAAAAUCUCUAUAUUAUAUAUUGUGUUUUGUGAUAUUACUCCUAGAGUUGUGUGAUUUUAGCCACUCAUUGAACAAUAUUAUAAAGUUUCAAUAUAUAAAUAUCCCUCUAUAAGUAUUCUCCUAGAUUAAUGUGAUUUCAGCCACUGUACGAUGGGCCUACAAUGCUUUGUAGGCUUCUACUGCAUUUUUCUUGAUUUGGGUAUUUAUCAGUUUCCAGUACAUUGUACAUUACAGUAUUAUAACCUAUUAUAUUUGGAAAAAUAUAACAUAACGAUGUUCUUAGUGACUAUAACCAUAGAUAAAGGAUAAGCAUAAGUAUAUUUCUUGUCUCUGCUAUAACUCAAUUACUGAACGCCAAAUUUUCCAUUGAAAAAUGUAUUUAUCAUGUGUAAUUAGAGCUUCCUGUGUAGCAUAUCAUAUCUUUAAAGUACGCAGCAAUGUACGGGUAGAUCUUUUGUAAAAUUUUAAAUAAUCCAAAAUUUUGAAACUUGUGAUUUUUUCCAAUUCGGUCCAACUUAAUUGUGAUACUAUGAUAAUAUUUUAAUAAAAAAUCAUAUUCUAUACAUACA